AUGGCUCGAAUCCUUCUGGGUCGAAAACCUUUCAAGCCUAAGCUCAAUGAGCCCAUACACAAGAUUGAAACCGAGGCUGAUUCCAAGCUUCUUCUUGUCGAUUCUAUUACUCUUGAAAUCAAGCCUUUAGAGAUAUCACUCCAUGCACUCACCAACAUUCUCACUCCUUAA